ACCGUUUUUGUUGAGCAACUCCGCUAGUGCCCUCCCGUAAGCCGCAGCAAGUUUGUGCUAAGUGAAAAAGGGUGUUUUUCCGCUGUAAAUUCCCGUCCGGUUUAUUGAAACCGAUUGUGAUCUGCUGCAUUUAACUAUUCCACAGUUUUUACGUUAGCCACAUAUAAACACGAUGUCUGCACCAGAAGGAGCUGCAAAUGGUUUUCCUAAAUUACCGCCCCCGCCGUCCGGCAGCACUCAGCCGACCGGAAGCAACAACGCUGGCUCGAACCGGCUCAAGCAAACCCAGGCCCAGGUGGACGAAGUGGUCGGCAUAAUGCGCGUCAACGUCGAAAAGGUGCUCGAGCGGGACCAAAAGCUGUCGGAGUUGGAUUCGCGAGCGGACGCGCUCCAGCACGGGGCAUCCCAGUUCGAGCAGCAGGCGGGCAAGCUCAAGCGGAAGCAGUGGUGGGCCAACAUGAAGAUGAUGAUCAUCAUGGGCAUCAUCGGUGUUGUACUACUCAUUAUAAUCAUUCUUUCCAUUAUCUAUUGAACAAAAAAAACAUUAAACCACUUGAACGCACUUCCAACCGUUAUGUUAGCAUCAUCUCAGCAGAAAUUUGUCUAUCCUAAAGCUAACCAAAGAGAAGUUUUCGAGUUUUUAUACAACUCGAUUUUUGGCAACGCAUAAAAAAAAACUCACCGGAAGUGUUAUUUAGCUAGUGACUUCUCCUGAUAAACUGAUAAAACAAACAACAACGUUUUUUAAUGCCCACAAUCUAAUCGCCGGGAAAAAAUGUCUAGUUCAUACUUAGUGAUCACGAAGUUAGAAAAUAUAUUUUCGGUUCAUAGAAUGAAAAAAAAAACACACAAACAAGGACCGAUGGCCCAAUAGUGGAGGGAACGCAAUUAUUAACAAUUAGCCCAGUACCACGAUAGGCUUUUGAAAUUCUGGUAGAUAGUUGAGAAGGAUCGAGGAAAAUGCUAUAUGUAGACGUCUAUGUAAUUGUUAUACAUACAGAAUUAAUAUUAAAAUUUAUUGUAUAUUAAAAAUCCUUGUCCUUGCUAUAUAAUGUGUUCGUCCGCUACAUUCAGGUUAUCAUCGGGUGGAUGGUACCAUU